GGUCCCCGUCAUAUGACUUCCAUUUCCUGGUACAGUCGGCAGCGGCACAGCUACAUCCCAAACACCUCUGACUGAGCGUCCCUGUCGGUCCCUGUUUUUUUAGUCUUCUUUCCGGUGGCUGACACUCCAGACUCGGCGAUCAUGUACCGAUAUGCUGCAUUUGUUUUAUUCCUUGCCUUUGGAAGCGUGUUCCAGCUGUCACAUGGCAUUGAGGUGAAUGUCAAAGACAAAGCUGGCAAGUUAUGCCUCUAUGCCAAUCUAAUGGUCAACUUCUCAGUCUCAUAUGAAGUAGCUGGCAAUAAGAGUGCAACAGUCGAGUUUGAACUUCCCAGUAAUAGCACAACAGAUGGAAGUGAAUGCGAUGACAGAAGCUCAACGCUGAAGCUUAAUUUCGGAGAACACUCCUGGAGUGUGAACUUCACCAUCAAUGGAGAAACGUACCAGGCAGACUACAUCACCUUUUCCUACAACCUCAGUGAUGCGACCGUCUUCCCUAAUUCUGUAUUAAAUGACACCUUAGCUGUUACCGUGAAGCCUCACAUUACAGAUGUAGCCAAGGACACCUGCUACUCAUGCAAGAGUAAAGACAUGAUCGAAGAUAUUUCGGUCAAUCAGACACUCUGGAACGUGCUCAUACAGGCUUUUGUCAGUAACGGCAGUAAGAGUGAAAAUAUUAGCUCUUGUGCUGCUGAUUUACCCACCACUCCUGUUGCCCCCACCACUCAUACCACCAGUACUACCACUGCAGCUCCUGUCACAAACGCCACUUCCCCUGCCCCUCCCACAACCACCGCCCCGACCCCCACCCUCCCCACACCCUCCACUGGGAAGUACAUCAUCAAUUCUGAUGACAACAGCACAGCCUGUCUGUUAGCCACCUUUGGCCUGCGAAUUGGUUUCAAGCAAGCGGAGAAAUAUCAGGAGAUGAACCUUGAGCCUAAUACGACCACAGUCUCUGGAUCAUGUGGAGUCAACAGCAGUGAGCUGGUGUUGGUGUCUAACUCCAUGACCAUCAUGUUCACUUUCACCAAUGACACAAAGAAAUUCCGCCUGCAUGCCCUGAACAUCACCGGAAAAACAAGCUCUGGUGUUGUGUUUUCUGAGGCGAACACCAACCUGAGUUUGUGGGAGGCGGCUAUCAGCAGCUCCUACAUGUGUAACAAGGAGCAGAACUACACAAUCACCAGCCUGCUCACCCUCUACACCUUCGACCUACAAGUACAGCCCUUUGGAGUCAAGAAGGGUGUUUUCAGUACAGCCUAUGAAUGUUCAUUGGAUGACACCAGCAUCUUAAUCCCAAUCAUUGUUGGCGCUGCUCUGGCUGGCUUGAUUCUCAUUGUAGUGAUCGCAUACGUGAUUGGUCGAAGAAAGACUUAUGUUGGAUAUCAGACCCUUUAAAUCCAGUUUGCAAUCGAUCCUGAAAUAUCAUGGGGUUACCAAGCCUGGUCCUUGGGUUUCAUGUUUGAUUGGCAAAUAUAAAUUCAAGAGUCAAAAUCUUAAAUUGAGAUGUAGUUUUAUAAAACAAAAAUACAUUUUACAUCUGUUGGUAUUGAUUAUGAGACAUGAAAUGCACAUAGAGCAUUUUGAAUUGCAGUUGGCAAUAAGAAGAUAGUAAAAUGGAGGGUUUGAUGUGUUUUCUCAAGGACCAACCUUCUCUCUCUCUCUCUCCCCCCCCCCGUGUUUGUGUUUCAAUUUUUCUGGAUGUCUUUCCUUUUAUGUUGUUUUUUUUUUUUUGUUUGUUGUUUUUGUUUUUUGUUAAUGAGCAAGUGCAACAUCCACACAACCUUUUUUUUUAUUUAAGUAAUUUCAAUCACAUGAAAGGUGACUUACAGGUACCUGUACAUGUAGCUAUACAGGUACAGUAGGACUUCUGCAUUUACAAAAGCUGCUGGACAUCAAUUUUUCACACAUUUUUUGCACGAGGUGUGCGACAGUUAAAGUUUGUUGCUGCGGGAUCCUGCACUUGCUCUGCAGACAUUCCCUUUUUGUUUUCUUUUGUCAAUAUUUAAUCUUUGUGCACUAUUGAGUCUUUACUUCCGUUUUAUGGUUUGACUUUUCAUCCCCAUAAUUAUUUACAUCAAGACCUAUAAAAACGCUAAAAAAAUUUCACAGCAUUUCGACAGCAUUUCCUUCACAAAUCAAAGGAAGAUGGUCAAGCAGCUUUCUUUCUUUGUCCCCAGAAAUUCAUUAACAAGGAUGAAAGUCUACUCCAUUUGUAAAGCAUGAAAACAUGUUUGCCCCUGUAGAGCAGGAGAAACAUUGGAAUUAUUGUCAUGUGGCUCCAAUCAUAUUAAGAAUGUGAGUGUUUGUUAUUUAAACAUUAAUAGAUCUUUCUCAUGCAAAACAUUUUGACACACAUCCAGCAGUAAAAGUCCAGGUGGAACUAAUGACACUAAUGAUGGCUCAUUUAUAUUCAAGUGUAAAUGUCCUGGUUAGUUUUAUUAACUAUACCUGUGCUUUUCCUGCUGUACCAUGUCAAAAUGAAUACUGUUUAAAUGGUCUCUUAGAUUUGCACAUGCUCCAGUCAGUAGAAAUCUGAAAAUUAAGGUCAACUGUUUGUUUUGUUUUUUUCUCACAGAAUACAUUUUGGCAUUAAGUUUAGAAAAGGGAGAAUAUUGUUGUGUAGAUACUCACUUUCAGCACAGACAAUUCUGAAACGAGGAUAUUUGCAUAUAAAUGCACUAUGGCGCUCUUUAUAUUUUUGCAUUGUGUUGACUGUUAUCACAUUAUCUUACCUGUGUAUCGACCUGAGCUACGAGGGCUGCAGCUGGAUCAGGGGACGUUAAAGCUCCUGAAAACUAUUUUUCAAAUUAAUUUAUUUCUCUAUAACAUUGAAUAUCAAAGUAAAAAAAAAAUAGUUCAAGAGUUUAACACAGGAAUAUACCUUUUGUGAAAGACGAGAGUUAGAUAAGAAGAUUGAUACCCCUCACGUCUGUCUGGUAAAUAUGAAACUACAGUCAGGAGUCCCCAUUUCCAGUCUUUAUUCUAAGCUAAGUUAACCAUCUGCUGGCUGUAGCUUCAUAUUUACAGUGCAGACACAAGAGUGUUAUUGAUCUUAUCAUCUAAUUCUUGGCAAGAAAGUGAAAAAGGGUGUUUCCUGUAAAAGCUCAGGUUAUCUGCUCCAUCAGGACCUUGUGGGUGUGGUUUGCUCAGUUUUAAUCAACAGUGCUGGCAAAGUCAAACAACCCCCACACCUGUCUUCAGAUUUUGUUUCAAAUUGCUAAAUCCACCAAAGUAUUUGACAUAACCUCACGUGAAAUAGACAAAAUUGUUGUCAGAAAAUCGUGUUUUCAUGUAACUCAUCAUAAGAACCUGAAAGUAGGUUUUCAGGAGCUUUUAACGAGUUCGUGCAGGUUUCGGGAUGCAGCGUCAGGGAUGGAGGCAAGCCCCACAAUAUGUAUUUCUGUAAUGAUAGAAAGCUAAUGUGACACAAGGUAGUAGCUGUGUAUUGUUGCUUAAUUCUGGCAGAGUGCUGUGUACCGUUAGCCUUCUUCCAACUCUUCAGGACUGGAACAAUGCCGACAGUAAACUACACUGAAAUAUGAGACUGACUAGAAAUAUUUGCAUUUUUAAGUUGCUUAUAAAAUUUGCUUUCCCAGGACGCUGUACAUGUGUAGGAAUAAUAGCUCUAAAUCAAAUAUGAACUUUAAUUUUGCUUGUGAUUGUUGCCGUGCUGAUGAAUUGUGUAUUUCAGCUUUGUACGAACUCAGUUGCCUUAAUUAUAAAGAUGGUUUUGCAGCACUGGUAUAAAUGUUUGUUUUCUCAAGGUUAAUUUCACAUGUUCUCAAUAAAUGUAACAGAUUCAUCAUCAUGACAACUGUGCCUUGCUUAAUGAUAACUUUCUGUUUUGUACACUCUAACUCACUAAUACUGUCAAGAUACCUUUUUUGUAACUUGGUAUGGUUUGGCUCAUUAUUUAAUUUCCCUUCACUAGUUGAGAACAUUGCACACACACGUUCAGCAAAGGGAAUUUGUGCUGCAAGACCAUCUUAAUGUGUGUUAUAUCGAUGCAAAUGGCUGCUGAUUUCAUCUCCAUUCUCUCACGCUGUUAGCUAUGAUUUCAAAUUGUGUGUCACACUGAAGUGGAGCUUUUUAGUAUUUUAAGAUUUAUGGAAAUAAAAAUGCGUUGUUGCUCUGGA